CGGUUUAAGAUGACAUGAGCUUGACCAGAUAGAUCCGACAUCAAAAUGUUUAAAGUUGAAGAGGUAGAAAUUUCUCACGACGACCAAACGUAUCCUACGAGUGUCUGCAUUAGAAUGAAGUGUCGGCUUCGAAAAGGGGAAACAGCGCCUGCGUGGGAUCAUUUUGUGCAAAGGGUUCCCAUUCAUGGGAAAAGGACAUAAGUCGAAAUACUUUAAGCGUCGUAUCGAUCGUUUAAUUAUAUGUAUAUACCUCACUGAGAAAUUUGUUCAAUUGCACGUGUUUCGAUCACACGGUAGUAUUUUGUGUACUGCCUGUCAUUACAUUAAAUUCGCUUUGAAAUUUGCACUAAAAGUGAGAGUUUAUGGAAAAUAGUUAAUCGAUAAGUGAAAAAAGAGGGGAUAAAAGCACCAUCGUCGAUUUUUUGACAGUCAUACAUGUUCUACAGUUCGUGGAGAAAUGAUGUGUAUCAAAGCAAAAUAUUUUGAUCUGAACAGAAUACUUUUGCUGAUUAUAGGUUUGUGGCCCUAUCAACAAUCAAAGCUCGAUCGACUUCGAUUUAUUUUCUUCCUCGGCAUUUUGACGACUGCUAUUUUAUUUCAGUUUACUACGUUUCUUAAUUCUAAAUGCACAGCUAACUUCGUCAUCAAGAUUUUAUCUAACUCGCUCAUUUUUACAAUUUUUGUGAUACAGUACAUCUUUUUCGCCAUUAAUAUCGAAACUAUGAAAGAUUUAUUGACACAACUUCAAUAUGUGUACGAUCAAUUAAAAGAUGAAUGUGAAAACGCUAUCGUUGAAAAAUAUAACUGUAAUGCAAAACGUCAUACAAUUGUGCUUACAGCAUUUUGUAUAUGUAGUAUAUGUGCUCUUAUUGUCGCACAAUUUUGGUCGAAUGUAAUUGGUAUUAUUUUACCGAUAAACGUAUCUCAAGCACAUCGCCUGCCAGUUAUGGCAGAGUAUUUCGUCGAUCAAGAAAAAUAUUUUUCUUUAAUUCUCUUGCAUUUAGAUGCAGCGAUUUGCGUAGGAUCGGGUGUACUGUUGUCAACCGGAACAAUGCUUAUAGCAUAUCUUGAACAUAUUUGUGGACUGUUUAAAAUCUCUAGUUAUCGCAUUAAACACGCAAUGAGAGCCAUUGUGUUACAAAAUAUUAGUACAAAAAACGAUACAUUGAUGUUAGAAGAAAUAAGAUGUGCUGUAGAUAUACAUCGGCAAGCUAUGGAAUUAUCCAAAACUUUGACCUCCAAAUUUGAAGCAAUGUUGUUCUGUUUAAUAGCAAUAGGGGUAAUAUUACUGAGCCUUAAUCUCUUUCAGAUUUUUCAGAUUCCAUUGAACGGAGAUAAUGUCGAUGAAAUUUUAAUUCCCUCUGUAGUUGUAUUUGCCAGUAUUUUAUAUAUGUUCUGCGCCAACUAUCUCGGGCAAUAUAUAACAGAUCAUAAUAAUCAUGUAUUUGUUACCGUGUAUAACGUUCAGUGGUACAUUGCUCCGUUAUAUGUACAGAAACUAAUACUGUUUCUGUUGCUAAGAAACGCUAAAGACUUUACUAUAGAUGUCGGUGGAUUAUAUAUCGCAUCAUUAGAGAGUUUUGCAACGCUGGUAAAAGCUUCGGUCUCAUAUUUUACUGUCAUAUAUUCAACGCAAUAAUAAGGUAAGAAGAGAAAUUCUAUCGAGUAAAAUAUAAUCUGGUAAAAAUUUAACAAAACCUCAAUAUUACAAUUUUUUUUAUAUUACAUUUAAAAAAGUUAAAAGUAGUUAAAUAUUAUUGCCACAGUUUGUACCUAAACAGACAUAAGAAAAAUAUCCAGAAAUAUAAAUAUAUUCAAUCAGGAAGAGAGAAAGAAAGAUAUACACAUUUUGUUGUACCGCGGAUGAGGCACGGAGGUAUAUGGGAUCGUUGGCUAAAUUAGAACUGGGAUGUUCGGGAUCCGCCAAGGAGGGUUUCGCCGAUUAAAGUAAUCUUGUAGCAUUAUUAGAAAUAAAUAUAUUUAUUUGAAGAUAUUUGUUUUAAAUCUUCUUUCCUUUCUUGCUUUUCCAACUGUUUCGCUUAUCGCGGUAUCGAGUGACACCGCGUGCGUGUGCCUGGUAUUGCGUUCGUCGUUGCGAAAUUAACUAUGAUGAUUGUUGUGACGCUCUUUACUAUUUAAUAAUUUCAACUGUCCAUCUUGUGGUUGUUUUCUUUAAUAUAUUAAUUAUAGGGCGGAGUUCUGCCCCUCUCUCCGCCCACGCAUAAAGGUCAUAACUUCUUGUAUCUUUAUAAUUUU